AUGCAGGAAAUUAAGGAUAUACGGGCGGACCUGUCCUCGCAUGAUUCACUUGCAUCUGAUGAUCUGGAGACCAUACAAGAUGUCGACAUUCAAACCGACAUCAACCUGGACGUAUCCUUGUCCCAUAUCUUGAGCGUUGCCGAUGCUAUAAGCUCUCUCCCACCUCAACCCACUUGCGAUAUCUUGCUUUCCAACUACUUCAACUGCCGAUACCUGGUAUUAGGGAUUGUGCACUAUGGAAAAUUCCGAAUGGAGUACGAACGAUUUUGGAAGAAACCAGCAGAAACUUCACUUAGCUGGCUUGCCCUUCUAUAUUCAAUACUGAGCAUCUCCAGCAUGUUGAGUCAAGGCCAACAAACCAGGACUGACCCAACCAAGCCUCCGAUCUCUACGCAACAUCUUCAGCAAAUGACAGCGCACUGUCUCGUCUCCUGUGGCUACGCAACUGCAAAACGUUACGCGCUAGAAGCAUUACUCCUUUACCUCCAGAGCAAAUUCAUGACGCAAACAAGAUCACAUGCCCAAUUAUGGCUCGACCUCGGAACCGUUGUCAGGCUUGCUUUCCGAAUGGGUUACCACCGCGAUCCUCGCGGAUUGGCUGAUAUCACACAAUUCGAGGGUGAGAUGCGUCGUCGCGUGUGGUUGCACAUUUUCCAGAUUGAUGCUUUAGCCUCGUUCCACAUGGGGUUGCCUAGUAUGAUUCCCACGGAAUAUUGUGACACAGAGGCCCCAAGAAAUCUAUAUGAUACGGAUCUUUCUAUGGAUAUGGAUACGUUGCCACCCUCCCGUCCCUAUACAGAAGUUACCCCUUUGCUCUAUGGCAUUGUCAAGUCUGGCAUUAUGGGAGUCUUCAAGAAGAUUGUUGCUCGCACACAAUCUCUCGCCUCACCAAAAUAUGACGAAACGAUUACUCUUGAUCAUGAAAUGAAAGCAGCAUAUGAGAAUCUCCCUGAAGUCUUUCAUCGAAGGGAUGUUGCUCAGUCGUUCAUGGACUCGUCCGAUCUCAUUUUACAGCGAUGUACUUUGGAGCUACUCUACCUCAAGGGAAUUGUGGUCCUGCAUCGGCGGUAUAUUCGACAUGACCCUCAAAACCCCACAUUCGAGCCCUCGCGCCGUUUCUGUAUUGAGGCUGCACUUGAGAUUCUCGACCGUCAGGCAGACUUACAUCAAGCCACCCAGCCUGGUGGACGUCUACAUGGGGACAUGUGGGUUGUCACCUCUUUAACAGUGCAUGACUUCCUUCUGGCAGCUAUGGUGAUUUGUCUUGAUCUUUCCAUCAAUAUCGAAGCUCUCGGAGAGGAGAAAGACACAAGCCGUGUGUCCAGGAAGCUACAAGCCCUUCAACUCUCUCAGCAAAUAUGGGCUACAACUGACAACCAUCCAUCCCAGUCACGUCUAGCAUCACUUGUGUUGGAUUUGAUGAUCAAGAAAGUGGACAAAGUUCGAUCACAAGCUGACUGGAACAACGCUGCGAACGCCUUUUCACUAGCUGGCAUGGAACUACCGUACAUAGAAACCAUGUCUGACAUGAUUGAUGGCACAGAAGCUCUUGACUGGUCAAUGCUGGACCAGUUUUUCCAGGAUCCUGGGCCAACUACAUCGUGA